GUAAGUGUGUGUGUAAGUGUAUGAAGUGUUGGCACAGUUGUGUUAUGGGUUGAGCAGUGCCUGACAGCCUACGGGCAAUGACCUGACGGCCUGUCGACGUCACCCGCAAUGACCCGCCUCUCGCCUCGUAAUGCAAUAGAGGGUCAACACUGAACACUGCAUACAACUAUAGGUUAGCAUUGAUUGCAUUAGAGUUGAGUCUCAUUUGAUUUGUGAGUCCAUUGAAGGCAUUACACAAUACAUGACUUGUUGUGUGUCUAAUGCGUCGCACAUUUCAUGAACAGCACAACCAUUUGGUGACCAUUUUGUGACCAUUUUGUGACCCAUUGUCACCAUUACUGUCAUCACUACUCCAUACAUACACCAAACAUCACGAAAUGGUAGUCGAGUUAACAUCAAUAGUGGUUCCAAGUGGUGAUCAAGUGAGACAUCUUCAACAUAAUACUGUGGCCUUCAUUGACUCUACCAGUGCUCCCAUUGGAAAGGGAUCUCUCUAUAUAUCAACCGAAAGACUGUUGUGGGUCACAGAUAACGGACAGGGAUUUUCAUUAGAGUAUCCAAUGAUCGCAUUACACGCCAUCUCAAGAGAUUUAACUAACUUUAACAGUGAAUGUCUAUAUUUGAUGACUGAAGAGUCCAACGUGAGUGACACCGAGUCAACCGAUGGCAGCGAUUCCCGUAAUAAUGAGAUCCGUUUCGUACCCGAAGACAAAAGUCAGUUAGAUAUCAUGUUUAAAGCUAUGUCUGAAUGUCAAGCAUUACAUCCCGAUCCCAAUGACUCUAUUUCUGAGGACGAAGAAGAAGGUGAUGAAGAAGAAGGCGAUUAUAAUAAUGAAGAGAUUUUUGAAGACGCGGAUAACGAUCAAACUAAAAGUAAUGGCGACACCAAUUGUGACGAUACAGCAGCACAUGUUGUCUAUGAUGUGGCUUCUGCUGAACGAUCACGAGGUGUACCCCCAAACCUAAUGAACAACAACUUGAAUAAUGCUACCAAUGAUGACGAACCCAUGGAAGUUGUUGGACAGUUUGAUGACGCAGACAAUGACCAAUAA